GAUGCAGCGGAAUGUGGGGAGAGGAAGAAAACACUCAAGUAAGGUUUCUCUAGAGUUUUCCUCAUUCUUUGGCUAAAGCUAAAUCUAAAUAUUGGGCAGUUGUUUCCUUCUCCGAAAUAGCUCAAGGGAGACUUGCAUCACGUCUGGCAGGAUUGGGGGCACCCUAGUUCCUGGUCGUUAAGAUGCAGGCAGGCAGAUCCAGAAGUCGCAGUUUUCCAGCUUGGGCAGAUCAACAUAGAUGCAAGCUUGCUGUUCAGUUCCAGCCGAAGCUUGCCUUCCUAAAUCUAAGGAUCUGUGGCAGGCGGAUUCCCGCCUGCUGUCUUCUCUUCCUUUUCUAGCGGUUCCACCAGCAUAAGUUCACGCUGAGAAGCAAAGUUGCCGGCGUGGACCGUCCACGAGAAAAAUCGAGAAAGGCCAGUGCGCCACCUUCCAUCCUGCACUCGCUUGGACCCAGGACUCCGGGAGGGUCACCCCCUUACUGCAGUUUUCAUCACAUUCCGGGCCGCAGCGCUCCUUUUCCUUCCACGCAUUCCUGCCCCUCACAAAGGAGUCCCUCCUUUUUUUCCGGACGCGGCAGAGCCCAGAGACCCCGCGGAAGGAGAGGGGCGGGGGGAGGAAGGGGCGGGGGGAGACGGCUAGGACCAAACCCGGGAGUCCAAAUUCCUCCGCGUCGCGCGCUGGUUCCUGUGCGGAGACCGCGCCUCGUCUGCAGGGGCCUGGCUCCGGGAACCUCCGGCGCCCGGUGACCCCGGUCCGGCUUCUAGAGGGGCCGAGCCGGAUGGGCUCCGAGGCCUGGACGAUGCAGCCACCUCCGCCGCCUGGCCUCAACGUCAGCCUUAGUCUCAGCUGCAGCGGGAGGAGGAGGCUGCGGAGGUGACGACUUGGCGCCGCGGUCCGGCCGGGGCCUCCUGGGAGGAGCUGGAGCCGGAGCCCCGCGCGACCCGCGCGCCUUCCUUGCCGGGGGCCGGGGGGCUCUGGGGACCGGGCCGGGGCCGGGCCAUGCAGCGCUCUUCGGCGGACGCUGCCGCUCUGCUCCGCACCAGCAGGUUGCUAGCUGAUCUGUCCCUGGACGAGCCGGGUGCAGACAGCUGGUGCCGAGGUCGGUCAGGGCAGAGGCCCGCGCCCCCGGAUGAGGCGGCCCCAACCCGCGUCUGGAGGCUGGACGGCGGCGGCAGUCCGGAGCCCGGCGGCUUCGUAGAUCGCAGCCAGCGGCGGACCGCUUAUGAGGGCCUAGCCGCUCCCUCCCCAGAGCCCUUCACCAAGGCCGCGGGCGGCUCCCGCGGGGCCAGCCUAGCGGAUCCAGAGGGCUGCGGGAGCCGACCCUGCAGCGCCCGCACCAGCGGCAUCAGCCUGGGCUACGAUCAGCGACACGACAGCCCGCGCUCCAGCUGCUCCGACCCUCGGGGGCCGGGGCCUCCCGAGCCGCCCCCAGACUCCGUGAACCCUGGGCUGGCCCGGCUUGGCGCCGCCGCCGCCCGCCCCGCCUGGUGCGGAGGCCCUGGGGCCGGCGGCGGCAGCGCCCGCUCCAGCGUCUCCAGCCUGAGCUCCCGGGGCUCUGGUGCCCACGCUGACCUGCUUCUGCUCUCAUCCGCCCCUCCGCCCUCGGUCUUGGCAGGCCAUGCCCAGCCCGCGGCAGGAACCCAGCUUCAGCUGCCUUACCAGGUGACCAUGGGCCGGGAGGGAAGCCCCAGCACCGCGGAGCGGAGGCUCGAGGCGCUUACCCUGGAGCUGGAAAGAGAGCUGGACCUGAGAACGAAGAAGGAGUAUUUUGGGAUUUGUAUAAAGUGCAGGACGGGUAUCUAUGGUGCAAGUCAGGCCUGCCAGGCUAUGGGGAGCCUUUACCAUACCAACUGCUUUACCUGCUACUCCUGCGGGAGAAGACUCCGGGGAAAGGCCUUCUACAAUGUAGCUGGGAAAGUCUAUUGUGAGGAGGACUUUCUGUACUCAGGGUUUCAGCAGACUGCCGACAAAUGCUUCGUGUGUGGACACCUCAUCAUGGAGAUGAUUCUCCAGGCCCUUGGGAAGUCCUACCACCCCGGCUGUUUCCGAUGUGUUGUGUGUAAUGAGUGCUUGGAUGGCGUCCCUUUCACCGUGGAUGUCGAGAACAAUAUUUACUGUGUCAAAGAUUAUCACAUUGUUUUUGCACCCAAAUGUGCCUCAUGCACCCGGCCCAUCCUUCCUGCAAAGGGCUGUGAAGAGACUAUCCGGGUGGUGUCAAUGGAUAGAGACUAUCAUGUGGAAUGUUAUCAUUGUGAGGAUUGUGGGCUCCGUCUGAAUGAUCAAGAAGGCCGUCGCUGCUAUCCCUUGGAAGGUCACCUGCUGUGUCGUAGCUGCCACAUGGGACGCCUCCCCUCCCUGGCUCUGCCCAACUAUACUAUGCACAUGACAGAGCUCUGAUGGACUCCCUAUUGGCUCGGGGCCUGUGCCCAGACUUGGGCGUUUUAAAAUUCCUUAACCAGGUGCUUCUUUAGGCCUUUCCCCUACCUGCCAUCUAGGAGGUUUUCUGGACCUUCUCACUGGUCCCCUCAGACAUAUUUAACCCUCUUCUCUCUGGGCUUUUAUAUCCUGAGAGAUCACUGUGGAAUGGAACCAGUUCCUACAAGUUUCUUCAUGCUUGGGCUGGGCUGGGCUGGGCCCUUAUACCUCCUUGCCAUGAAUUAAUUUGUGCCACUUUUUCCUUUUGAUUCUGGAAUGGCAGCCUUGUGGCCCCAUCCCCAUAGUACCUUGAAUCAGCAAAUCCUGGGCCCUAAGCACUUGGGGUUGCUGAAAAUGGGAAUGACCCGGGUCCUAUAGAGCCUAAGUCAGGGCAGGUCUUGUCAUCCAGGAUGUAGUUUUGAGCUGUUAGCCUGGCUCUUGCCUUCAAGUUUGAGUGCUCUCUUCACCUUCCUUCCUAAACAAACAUUCUAGUCUCAGGGAUCCCAAAACCUAGCCUGGUUUGGUAGAGGAUUAUUGAUAGUGAAAGUUAGACAGAUGGGUAGAAAAGAUGCCUGGAUUCUCAAGGAGAGCAGAUUGGGAAAUGGAUUUAUCUUUUUCUUAGUAUACAUUUUCACUACUCUCCUGGGACCACCUCCUCCAGGAAGUCCAAUGGGCCAUGUUGCUUGCUAUCCAGUGGUGGUUCUAGACUGUUGUGCUUCUAAGACUCAUUGUCUGCGAGCUUUUCUCCUCCACUAUGAAGCAGGUUGAAAUUAUAAUGGUCCCCCUGACUCCCCAUAGGCCGUCUCUGAGCCUGAUGAUUCCAAGGGCAGAGAGCAGUAGGCCCUGGACAGAUAGGAUCAGGCUCCAGAGGCCAGAGUAAUGGGCUCCUGGGGAUUGUAUCCUCCUAUGAUAUAGGACAUUGCCCAAAGCAGUGGUGCUGUGUCUACACCCAGGAAGACAGGAGGCAUUGUCUUCAGGCUCCCUCCUUGCCCCUCCUGGUUUUGUCCCCCCCACCAGUCAGGAUGGGGGGAGGAGUGGCGUAUGUAGGACCAGGAGCGGUGUGUCUGGGUGGGCUUAGGAAGUGUGAGUGUUUGUGUGUCUUGUGAGGGUGGGCAGUACGUUUUCUUGGGAUGGGUGCUGUGUGUAGUGAUUGAAGUAUAGCGUGUUUGUAUGUGGCUAGUAUGUUUGGAGCAUGUCUGGUUAGGAUGAAUGUUGUGUGGUUGGGACAGAGGACAUGCUUGUGUGUGUAGUUGGGACAUGUCUGUGUGCUGUCAGAAUAAUAAAAAGUAGCUGUUAACUUGCCUGUGACCUUUCCUGGGUUUCUGGUAACUUCCACCUCCUGUUCAAAUCAGGUAGCCUAGGAGGUAGUUAAAGGAGAAGAGAUGCCCAGGCAUGGAGUAAGGACUCCUAGCAAUUGGCUGGAUCCUCCGUGGGCCCUGUAGAAUGAGUGUGGGGCCAAGUAGACUUCUUUUGGGGGUCCAGUAGUCCAUUCCUCCUUUGCUAUAGGCCAGGAGUCCCUUCUUCCUCACUCUGCUUUAUCAACAUUCUGUGGCCUUUUUUUGGUCCCAUGUUGAGGUUCCUGGACUCCAAGGUGUCUGGCUGUAACUUGAGUGGCUAAAGCUAUGUGUGUGAUUGGCUGAGUUUGUGUGUGUCCUGGUGCAUAUAUGUGGUUGUGGCAGUGAUUGUGACUGCACACGUGGCUAUGACUAGGGGCUGAAUCUAAGCAUAGCUUACUAAGGGGACUUUAGCUAUCAAGAUUCCCUGAGAAAUAAGGAUUCUGAGGGAAAUAUAGGAAGGGGACACACAGAAGACCCUGUUUCCUUGUGCUGCAGAGAAUAGUAUUUGCAACUUCAUUGUAUAGUUGAUGCCAGGACAAAGGCCAUAAUUUGACUUAAAUUAAGUUUUUUUCCAUUGAGAAUAUUUUCAUUUUCUUUAAAAGAAUGAUUUUCUUCCAAGAAUUUGGACCAAGGUUGUUUCUGAAACUUUGUAGGAAAUCCUCUAAAUGCCCAGUUUGUAUAUUAUGGAGCUGGUUUGUGCAGGGCACACAAUCCAGUUGAACUAUUUUUAUAUGAAUUCUUCUAUCACCUCAGAAUGUGCUUCUGCCUCCUCUGAGGCUUCAGAGCAUAAGGGAAUGGGGAUGGGGGGAGGUGCUUUUGUUUCUGUGUCCAGCUCCUUUGGCCUUUAAGGAAACGGAACUUUUGGGGAAACAAGAUUUAUUUAUUUAUCUAAAAGAUUUGCUCAUCCUUUUCUUAAGUUAUCACUGGGAUUUUGUUCUGUCCAAUAAAAAUGUUUUAUAGCUA